GUGCACAGUAGGUGGAUCACCAUGAGCGGGCUGGGCGACAGCUCCGCCGACCCCGCCAAUCCCGAGUCGCGCAAGCGGAAAGGCUCCCCCUGCGACGCGGCCCAGAGCGCGGAGAAGCGGCGCCGGGAGCAGGAGCACCGGUACCUGGAGGAGCUGGCGGAGCUGCUCUCGGCCAACAUCCGCGACAUCGACACCCUCAGCGUCAAACCCGAGAAAUCCAAGAUCCUGCGCAAGACCGUCGACCAGAUCCAGCAGAUGAAGAGGCUGGAGCAAGAGAAAACGGCGGAUGACGAAGUGCAGAAAUCCGACAUCUCCUCCAGCAGCCAAGGGGUGAUCGAGAAGGAAUCCCUGGGACCUCUUCUCCUGGAGGCUCUGGACGGGUUUUUCUUCGUGGUGAACCGCGAGGGCCGUUUGGUGUUCGUGUCGGAGAACGUGACGGGCUACCUGGGCUACCGGCAGGAGGAGCUGAUGAACAGCAGCGUCUACAGCGUCCUGCACGUCGGGGACCACGCCGAGUUCGUCAAGAACCUCCUCCCCAAAUCGCUCGUGAACGGCGUGCCGUGGCCUCAGGAAUCGGGCCGGCGGAGCAGCCACACCUUCAGCUGCCGGAUGCUGAUCCGGCCCCCGGACGAGGCGGGCUCGGAAAACCAGGAAUUGCGGCAGCGCUACGAGGUGAUGCAGUGCUUCACCGUGUCCCAGCCCAGGGCGUUCCGAGAGGAGGGGGAAG